AUGAAUAAUUUAAAGACGCGCAUGACUUCAGUUGGUGUAUUGGUUAUUGAAAUUGACGUGCCAAAUAGUAAUGAAAAUAUUCUUAAUGAAGAUUUAUCAAAAGAAUUGUAUAAUUUAUUUAAAUUAUUACCUUCUGAAUUAAAUCUUAAUAAAUGGCAUGGUACAAUAAUAAAAAGCAGGAAGUUGGGAAGUUUUAUAGCAGGUGCUGAUAUUAAUUGGAUUGAAUCUGUUAAUGAUUCAUUAAAAGCAAAAUCUUUAUCUCUAAUGGCUCAAAGAGGAUUCUUAGAGAUUGAAAAAUCGGAAAGGCCUGUUGUUGCUGCUAUACUAGGGACCUGUAUGGGUGGUGGACUAGAAUUAGCCCUAGCUUGCCAUUGCCGAAUUGCUGUUGAUCAUGAUAAAACAAUUUUUUCACUUCCAGAAGUAAAAUUAGGAUUAUUACCUGGUGGAGGUGGUACACAAAGAGCACCAAAAGUUAUGGGAAUUGUAAAUGCUGUUGAUUUUAUAGUUAAAGGAUUGGUUGAUCAUGUUAUUGAAAGAUUAUUAAAUGUUGAUGAAAGUUUAGAGAAGCUUGAUUGGGAAUUAGAAAGAAAAGCAGUUGAAAUUGUUUUAGGAAUGCGUUUAUGUGUAAUGAAAAUUGAAAGACCUUUUCAUUUGACAGAUUAUUUCUUAUCAUUUCCCUUUUUUUGGAAUAUUUAUGAACAAAAAGUUUGUAAUGAAAUUGAAAAGAAAACUAUGGGUAAAUAUCCUGCACCUUUAAAAGCAUUAGAAGCAAUAAAAACUGGACAUUUGUACGGAAAGAAAAAAGGUUACCAAAUGGAAGCAGCAAAUUUUGGAUAUCUAGUUACAUCAAAAGAAAGUAAAGCAUUGAUACAUGUUUUUAACCUGGUAAAAAACAUGAAGAAACAAAUAAAAUUUAUUCCUGAAUAUUUAAAAAGUAUGAAAAUUGCUUUAUAUGGAGGAAGUAGAGCAUUAAAUUUACUAAAGAUAAUUCCUAAAACGUGUUUAGUAAAAAAAUUUAGCCAUUUAGAAGUUAAUAAUCAAUUAAAUGAUUUUGAUAUAAUUGUAAUUAUGCCGGAUGACUAUUGUACUGAUACAAAAGUAUUAGUCAGAGAUAUUUUAAAAAUUUUUGAAAAGGAUACAAAGAUACCUAUAUUAAUUGAUGGAAUAUCUUUUCCAGAAGAUAUUAUUUAUAAUAAUUUAUUUUUAACAAGGCUUGUUGAACCAUAUAAUACUACAUUACAUGUUGAAAUUGUUAAGCAAAACAAUUCAGAAUCCAAUUCAAUUAAAAUUGCUACUACUUUUUUUAAUCUUAUCAAUAAAUGUGUAACAAUAACCACUCGCUCUGUUGAUGGUAUUUCUGGAUUUGUAAAUAAUUGUUUAUUAGCUCUUGUUCAAGGUGUUGAAGAGAUAAUAAAAUCGAUCUUAUCAAAACAAGAAAGAAAACUAGUAGUAAUACAACAGCUAGUACUUUCUUCAAAUUAUGUAUCACCAAAUCCGGAUUUUACUAAAUUACUUUCAUCCAUUACAUCGGAAACUACUUGUUUAAAUAUUACAUCAGUAAUAAAGGGUGUUGCAAAAAAAUUAAUACAAGAGAAUUCAAUAGAUACUAAUAUGAAAGAUUGCGAUUUUGCAUCUUUGUUCAGUCUUGGAUAUCCACCUUAUCUCGGUGGACUCUUCUUUAACUAA